AUGAAGCUCUUCCUCGCCUGUGCAGCCCUGGCCGCCGCGGCCCAUGCCAAGACGGCCCUCCUGGUGCCCUACUACAUAUCGCCCUACACGGGCAAGGCCGACUGGGAUGCCCUGAUCCAGACCAUUGACAAGCACCCCGCGCUCGACUUCCACGUCAUCAUCAACAACGGCAACGGGCCGCCCUACAGCGCGGCGCUCGCCGACGGCGGCAGCCCGACGCCGCGGGACCUGAUUGACUGGGCCAGCCACCUGGGCCAGCUCAACGCGCGGCGCAACGCGCGGACGGUGGGCUACGUGUACACGGGCUUCGGCGCGCGCGACGCCGCGCUCGUGAAGCGCGGCAUCGACGCCUACGCGGCAUGGACGACGCAAAAGGACUGGAGCGGCGUCGCGCAAAACGUCUCCAUCCACGGCAUCUUCUUUGACGAGAUCAGCACCGCGCCCGCGCAGCUGCCGCGCAACCUGGACCUGGCGCGGUACGCCGCCCGGUCCGCGGGCCUCGUGGUGCUGAACCCGGGUGUCGCGGUGCAGCCCGGCAGCGAGGCGCUGUUCGACGCCGCCGACGCCGUGCUCACGCUCGAGACGUGCUACACGCGCGACCACGACCAGGCGCGCGACGGGGCCACGCCGCGCUGCCCCCGCGGGUACGUGCCGUUUACGCCCGCGAGCCUCGACGCGCUGCCGAGCAACAGCAGCCGCCGAGCGCGGUCGGCUGUCGUCGUGCACGACUUUUACGAGACGUGGAGCCCGUACGUGCCGGCGUCGGCGGCCACGUUCGAGACCGACGCCGCGGCCAUUGUCGCCAAGCGCGUGCAUAGCUUCUACAUUGCGCAGUACGGAUACCAGGGAAACUUCACCAAGGGGCCGGCGAGCAUCAGCGAGGUGGCGCGGGUGGCGGCGGCUGCGCAGGGCCUCGCUUGA